AUGGUUCGUAGCAGCACAGUUUAUCCCAAUGCAGGUGAUGUCUGGGGUUGGAACACUGGUUUAUUUGGCUGCUUAGAAGACAAAGAGAUUUGUCUAAUGGGUCUUUUUUGUCCAUGUGUUUUGUUUCAUAGCAAUGUUCGAAGAACGCCUAGUGUAAUUACCUAUCGGUGUCCCUGUCUCCAAUACGCCUUAAGUCACAUAUUGUGUUCAUGUGCCUCAAAUGAGCAUUUCCAGCGCUCUAAUUUAACAUUUGCUUAUAGUAUUCCAACAACAUGCAACAGCUGGCCAGUCUCAAUAUUUUGUACGCCAUGUGCAUUAUGCCAAGAAGCAAGAGAAUUAAACAUACGGGAGGCAGGGAAAGCAGCAAAAACUCCGACGCAAGUGCAACCUCGAUGA